UUGCUGCAAAACUCCGAUACCUGAGUGAGCUCCCCACCGGCACCGAGACCUUGAGGAGUUCAGCAUAGCUACCAUCCCCACCACCCCCACCAUCUUUGGCUACCUUGCUCGACCCACAGGCCAACGAGCUCCAGCGUCUUUACGGCACCGAAGUUACCAGCCGAAUGUGUGCUUCACUCCCUAAUAUUCCUUUACUUUUUUAAGCUUAUCUUACCCCUGCUUUCCCCCUCGGUUGUCCGUUGGUGUCGUUUGGUGAUGAUCUGUGACUCACCGCUGGGUUUUGCUGUAAGGCUUCAAUCCUGAGUACGUGACUCCUUCCGGCAGUGCUCGUGUUGGUACUCUGGAGGUUGAUAGAUGUCGUGGUUGAGGUCGCACAUUGGAAAGUGGCGGUGGGGUGAUUAGGCUAGAGGGUUGAGGGAGUUAAGAGGGCCUGUAGUUUUUGGUUUUUACGCUGAGCCGCGGUAAAGGGGGGUGCCGCUGGUGGUGGAGGAAGAGGAGAAGGAGGAUGAGAUGCAGGAGCUUUGAUUGUAUGCGCUGAUUCCGGCGUCGCAUACGUCAGUGUUGUGGACACAAUUUUGUUCUCGAGUGCUUUCGUUUGUAAAACCCUUUUCAUUAACUACUUUGGCUCUUAACCUGCCUUGCAACCAACGUGUGAGCGAAGUUGUGGAGUGAGGGCGUGCGUCUCCAUAGCUUGGUGCCGUAGGUUGUGGUCUUCCAGUUUGCAGCGCUUUCUUAUGCCUGCUCUCUCUCUCUCUCUCUCUCUCUUAUGAAACGCCUGCGCUGAGAACGUUGUUGUAAGAUUUGGCGUUUGUCCUGGAUCGACGACUUCCCAACCCACCCGGAAUGUGGGUCGGCAUCACCGCGGCAUUUUUCUAUCUUCGUCUACAAGGUGACGCUCUUCUCCGAUUUCGAAGGAUGCUGCAGAACAUGUCUUUGCUACGUUGAGCUACUAUGGAUCGGUCUUGUUGCCAGGCUCUCGUGGAUCAACAUUUAGCGGAAGCUUGCUGGUUACGUUGUCAGGAUUCAGGCCACUGUCGCUAUUCAUCGAGGACACAGGAAAACGCCUUAAAAGCACUGCAACUCGUUCUCCAGAAUUUGCUUGGGAUUUCCGACUUUAAAGUUCGUAAUCAUUGAUCAUGUGUCCCCAAGUCUGAGUUUCAUAGGUUCACAGUUCCUCCAAGAUUGGACUACUGCGUUAGAAUAUGUUCCGGAGUAGGUCUGGUCUCUGCUCAUUUUCGAGCUUUUUGUCACGCACGGGAAUCGAAGGACCAGCAUGGCUCAACGUGAGAUGCAGCUGCUAGUCAGUGCAUGAUUCCACGAUGUCCACUGUUGUCCGAAGUCGUGGGAGUCGCAAAGAGCGGGGCGAGAAGGGUUAGACUACUUUCAUUACAACGCUCACCAGGAAUCCAUUGACCCACUCGGGAGACGGGCUGGGAUGGCGACUCUCACGCCAGGAGUCUUGAUCAAGCUACUACAACACAUAAAUUCUGACGUGAAGGCAACAGGUGAGCACCGAUCAGCGCUACUGCAAGUGAUAAGCAUCGUCCCUGCUCUCGCUAACGGUGAUCUCUGGCCCAACCAUGGCUUCUACAUCAAAGUUUCAGACUCCUCUCAUGCGACGUAUGUCUCUCUCGCGGAGGAGCACGACGACCUAAUUCUUAGUGACAAGCUGCAACUGGGGCAAUUCAUUCACAUAGACAGACUUGAGGCUGGCUCUCCAGUGCCGUUGUUGAGAGGAGUGCGUCCUCUUCCUGGCAGGCAUCAGUGUGUAGGCAGUCCUGAGGACUUGGUUGCCACCGUCGUUCCAUCUGCACAAAGUGACACUCGUAAUGGGAGGACCAGCCGUCCUUCAUCACCAGAUGAGCCUACGACCCCCAAGAAGUCUUCUUGUAUCAGGUCAUCCUCCGACCGGGACCGAUAUUCACUUAACUCCAGCAGCUUUCAAGUGCAGUACGAGGAGAUGACGAUUUCUCCUGACAGGUCCUCCACAGCAGCUAGGAAAUUUGACUCCGAACUUGCACAGCGUCUCGCUCGUAGCGACGCCUCAAGGGAUUCAACAGCCAAGGAGAAUGGAUUCGUUGGAUCACCCGUGGUGAAGACUGGAGAUACUCCGAGAUCCCAGUCUCGACCCAAAGGUCGCGUGGUGAAGUCUAGAAUUUUCGCCGAUUCUGCUCCAAGUACUCCAUCUCCCGUCUUGUUCACUGAUCAGAAAAUUCCAUUAAGCCCUAAACCAGCGAGUGGAGUGCGAAACAGCCGAGUUCCGUGUCCGGAAGACCGGAAAAUUCCUUACAGGGAGACUCCUCCCGUGACCGUCGCAAUUAGGUCGAAAUCUCCUGUAAUUAGAAGAUCUCUCAGCGCAGGAAAGGGAAUGGCGAAAUCAAGCUUAGCAGAUGUAACCAAGAGACGUUCUCUAGGAGGAUCACUCAACAGCGCGACAUCUCUUACAGGAACUAAACCCGCUCCAAGAAAGAGCUGGGAGGGAGCUGUGAAAGAUAAAGCACCUCCUAAAGAAGCCAACAUCAAUCGCAACAAAAUCUCGGGUACCGUGAGGAGACUGAGCGACAGCACCCGGAGUGCAGCGUUGCCCAAGUUUCAGACGCAGGACAAGAUUGUGCCAUCGGUUAAGCCAGCACCUGUACCGACAAGAAGUAGUGUAACGAGUCUAAGUAGUUCUAAGGAUUCUAGUGUCCCCCCAGCGAAGAGGUUAGCCUCGGCUGUGGAUUCCUCUGUGACGCAGAAGGAAGUGGUUCUCAACAAGCGUUGGACCGAUGGGAGCGUCUCUUGGGAUUCGCUUCCAGCAUCUUUAGCGACUCUGGGCAAGGACGUUUUGCAAACGCGUGAUGUAGCUUCAGCGGCUGCCGCUCAAGCUCUUCAGGAAGCGUCAGCGGCAGAAUGCGUCGUUCGAAGCUUAAGUAUGUUUGCGGAAAUUUGCACCACAGCAAGGACGGACUCCCCUCAGUCGACGGUGGAGCAGUUUUUGAGCCUUCACCGCACACUCUCAGACGCCAUAACCGUCGUCGAAUCACUCGCUGCAAUCCGUGGCGGAUACACAUCCUCCCGCGACGACAUUAAAGAAGGAAUUUCACCACCAGCUCAUACUGCCACAUCACAGGGCUACCAGGCCGCUGCGACCUGGAUCAACACCGCGCUUGCCUGCGAUCUGGCCGCCUUUUCCCUCCUAUCGAAACAAGAUCGCCAAGUCUCCACCCCAACCAGUCUCCGCCAAGCGCCUACUCAACAACAACUCACAGUCGUUGUCGACGCGCCCCUUGGCGGCGGCCUCAAGCUCGCUACCACGGCUCCUCCCGCAGCCAUAGCCAUGUUCGCAAGGACCACAAACGCAUCCCGGCCGGCCUUGUCCUCCCAAACCGAGACCUCUAACCUUAAGUUCAAAACCUCAAAACCUUCAAGCAUCACUCCGCAAUCUCCAGCAAAGCUGACCCCUGCCGCCUCCCCGGCAAAGCGCUCCUCUAAAGUCGCCCCGCUUCGCAACCUUCCAAAAGCCACGAAGGAAUCGCCCGCCCCAACAGCUUCGUUGGAAAGAGCUUCUCGUCUGCAGCAGAUGGUGGAGCUAGGGAAGCAAGUGCAAAUCGAGGCACAGAGAUGGUUUCUGCAAUUCAUGGAGGGAGCUCUCGACAGCGGCUUUCGAAUUUCGACGCUGGGCGGCAAGGGAGAAGAGAACGGGUUCGUGAGCCAGGCCGAGAACUGUCAGAUUGCCUCCGUGUUGUCGCAAUUGAAGCAUGUGAACGACUGGUUGGAUGGAGUGAGGGAGGAAUUCGAGGAGCGCGUUGUAGAGACGAAGAAUAGGUUGAAGCGCAAGAUUUACGAAUUUUUGUUGCAGCAUGUCGAGUCCGCGGCGUCAGCCUUGGGCAACGUCGCGUCGGUGAAGGUGUUAGCGAAGGCCCCCCCUGCUGUGAAGGCGCGAUGAUGCUGUAUAGCUGGUAACGUUAGAAGGUGUCUUUGUACAUGUUGGGGACGUUCCCUGAAGAAUUUUUUUUCGUGUGACGCUCAUAGUUGCCUUCUGAUUUUAGACCUUUUCUAUUUUUUUUAAAAUUUAUUUUUUUAAUUUUAAUUUUUAGUAUUUGUGAUGGACGGCAUUUAUUUCAAUCAACAUUGCGCAGAGGUGUGGGGUACUCAUUUUUUUCAGCCUGAUAUUAUGUCGGACAAGUGUGAAGAAAAAAAAGGGAAUGUUGGUAACAAUCGUCAUAUGAAUGUUACAAGACAUUUCAUUUAUGCCCAGUA